UGUUGGCGUCAGCAUCAACAUUAGCGUGCUGCUCAAGUUUACUUUCGGCGUACACUGCUAAGAAUUUUGUCUAAGAAAGAAUGGGAUCUGAACUGUUGCCUGAUUUCCUGCCCAGCCCUCUUGACAAAUAUCGUAGAAAAGCUUCUUUUGACUGGAAAUCUCUGAAGCUACUCUUAGAAGAUCCUGAAAUGUUGAAAUACAAGAUGAAAAUAUGGAAAUUGUUUGAAGAGGAUCCAGUGUUCCAACAUCCAAGUAAGAAACUAAGUUUAGAUGAGGAACGACACUUGGCUAUAAAGAGAAUGUAUCGUUUAAAAGAACUUCAGAACUUAACAAUGAAAGAGAUGACAGAAGAUCCUCGCAAGCGUUUUCUAAUUGUAACUGGCCAGCAACAGCUGUCAUAA